AUGGCCACGACGGCGUAUGGAGCCACGUCGGUGAGACGUCAUCAAAGAAGGUCCCGCCUAGACUGCUAUCCCGUGCCACUCAGGUCCCUGGUGCCCUGCUGGGUGGGCUCGCUGUGCGUGGGGACGGCGUUGGGCUACUCCCUCCCAGCCGGCCGCAGUUUGCAUCAUGCAAGGGACCAGGGAGCCUUCGACAUCACCCAUGCGCAGAUAUUCUGGUUCGGUUUGCUGAUGUCUCUGGGCGGGGUGUUCGGCUGCCUUGGCGGAGCGCUAUUAACGCAGUUCUACGGCCGUCGCUGGAGUUUGGUGACCUCCGCGCUGGGCCUGCUCGCCACUUGGCUAUGCAUCGGCUUGGCGCAGGACGUGUACCUCUUCUUCGUGGCUCGCUUCGUCAAUGGCUUCUUCACCGGCUUCGUCUCGCUCGUCGUGCCUGCGCACAUCGCCGAAAUGUCACACGCCGCGCACCGCGGAUCGGACGGAGCGACGCACCAUCUGGUCAUCACGUUGGGCGUGCUCUACGCUCACGUCAUGGGCCACUUUCUGGACUGGGCCGGGCUGGCGUUGUGCUGCGCACCGCCCGCCCUGCUUCUCCUGCUGCUCGCCGGUUGCCUCCUAGUGGAGUCGCCCCGGUGGCUGCUGUAUCACCGCAGGCGACACCGAGCCAUGGACGCCUUGCUAAGCGUGCGCUCGCCCGGAUACGAGGCUGAGACGGAGGUCGAGUUCGAGGCGAUCACCGCCAUCUUCCCCAUCUACAAGACGCCGCCGGCGCACUACAUGCUGGCCGUGAUCGUCAUGUGCGUGCAGCAGCUCAGCGGCGUCAACUGCAUCUUGCUCUCUGCUACAAACCUGGCACCCCGACAGGAGUCCAUGGACAGCCUGGUCGUAUUGGCGCUCAUUCAGUCUCUGGUGGCAUCCAUGGCGGUGCCAUUCCUGGAUUUGGCAGGUCGACGCAAGUUGCUUGUUGUCUCCGUCAUGGUGUGUUCCGGAAGCCUCGUCACGUUGGGCCUGGUCUACCACACUUCCCUCCCGGCAGCGAAAAGUGUGGACGAAACUACCGCGGUGGAUAACUCGGCAUUGGUGGCACCUGUUGCCACUGCUUCCACCGUACACGAGUCAAGUGCGAUGACGUUUGCCAUCCAAGUGGGUACAAUUAUUCUAUGA